AUGACAGUAAGGGAUGCCAUGGAAACUAUGUCAUCACGUGCUCGUUCUUUCAUAUGUCAUGGUGAAAUUGAGGUUCCAGAAUUGCUAGAUUUCAGAUUUUUGAGGACAUUGAGUACAUAUAAGUAUUUCGGAGGGUAUUUAGAUGAAAAUGUGGUGAACUUGAGGUACCUUUCGGGUGAAUUUCGUGAGGGGUUCCAAAUUUCUUCUUCAAUUAGUCUGCUCUGGAAUCUACACAUACUAAUUGUUUUUGGUUGUGGUGUAUCUACUGCACCAGUAGAAAUUUGGAAAAUGCAUCAGCUUAAGCAUGCCAAGUUCGUACGUGGAGUAAUGUAUCUCCCAGAUCCUCCGAGCGGGCAUAGUGAUGUUAUGAUGGAGAAUCUAGAGACGCUCAAAGGAGUGCUUGAUUUCAACUUGAAUGAAGAAGUGGUUAAGAGAAUUCCCAAUAUCAAGAAACUGUCUAUAACAUACAAGGACAGAGUGAAGUGCCUCAGCUAUCUUCAAUGUCUGAGUAAGCUGGAAAGCUUGAGGUGCAUUAUUCAAUAUGGAAGUGAUGAUGAGUAUCUGCAGAGUAUUAGCUUCCCGCACUCACUCAAGAAGCUGUAUCUUUAUUGCGAAGAUAGCUUCCCGCAUUUGGAGGAAAUUCUGGAAAAGAUAGGUUCAUUACCACUUCUUGAGAAGCUCGAAUUGAGAUAUGGGCAGUUUGCAACACGCAGUUGGGAAAUAGUUGAAGGCCAAUUCCCCAGCCUCAAAUACUUGAGUUUGUGGCAUUGUGUGGAUAUGGAAUUUUGGACGUUAGAGGGCUUCUGUUUGCCACGCCUUGAGCAACUUCACCUCGGAUGGGUGGAGUCGUUGGAGGAGUUCCCUUCAGAAAUUGGAGAAAUACCAACACUCAAAUCAAUUGAAUUGUGGUUUUGCAGUGAAUCAAUGGCUGUGUCUUUGAAAAAGAUAGUCGAGGAACAAGAGGAAUUACAAGGGGACCCAUCCUUUCAUGUUCUAGUUAGGUCAUCCAACGUCAGCCAAGAACUGCAGAGCUUGGCAACUCCCAACUUUCGUGUAGAUAAAUGGUAG